AUGGUUACUGUUUCUGUUUCUGUAAUGGUAACUGUUUCUGUUUCUGUAAUGGUUACUGUUUCUGUUUCUGUAAUGGUUACUGUUUCUGUUUCUGUAAUGGUUACUGUUUCUGGCUCCUUUUCAGGUUAUAUUUCGGUUUCUGUUUCUGUUUCUGUUUCUGUUUCUGUUUCUGGUUCUGGUUCUGUUUAUGUUUCUGUAUCUGUUUCCGGCUCUGAUUCUGAUUCUAUUUCUGUCUCUGUUUCUGAUUCUUUUUCUGUUUUUGUUUCUUUAUCUGUUUCUGGCUCUGAUUGUGAUUCUAUUUCUUGUUCUGGUUUUAUUUUGUUUUUUCUUUCUGUUUCUGUUUCUAGCUCUGUUUCUGUUUCUGUUUCUGAUUCUGGCUCAAUUUCUGUUUCUGUUUUUGUUUCUAGUUCUGUUUCUGUUUUUGUUUUUGUUUUUGUUUUUGUUUUUGUUUUUGUUACUGGUUAUGUUUCUGUCUUUAUUUCUGAUUUUGUUUUUGUUUUUCUAUCUGUUUCUAUUUCGGGUUUUGGUUCUCUUUCUGUUACUGAGUGUUUCUGGUUCUGGUUCCAUUUCUUGUUUUGUUUUUGA